AUGAGUGGUCCAGAGGUGGCCAAGACACCAGGUGGUGGCGCUCCAGGCAAAGAGGGGAAGGAGCCUGUGGCCAAUGGGCAUGCAGGAGAGGGCAAUGACUCCAACCCAUUUGCCGAAUACAUGUGGAUGGAGAAUGAAGAAGAGUAUAACAGACAGGUAUGUGCUCCUACAUACAGCCCCCACUCCCACCCUGCUACACUGUGUUCUGAAACCCUUUUUAGACUUAAGGAAUCUUUCUUUUAUUUCAGUAUAUAAAAUAAAUCAGAGCUGAAUUAGUUUUGAUUUUUAUAAGUGAAACAUUUGGGACCCGACAAAACAGUCACGUUCAAAUUGAUUGUGAUGUAAAAACCUAUCUUACCUCAGGAGUUCAUGCAUCCGUGUUCCCAGUGUCCUUGCCUUUUCAUUUACAUCUUGUCCUUCUGCCUCCCGUCUCUCUCCCAGGUGGAGGAGGAGCUGUUGGAGCAGGAGUUCUUGGAGCGCUGCUUCCAGGAGAUGCUGGAGGAGGAGGACCAGGAUUGGUUCAUUCCUUCACGUGACCUCAACAACCAGGGGGUGGGACAACUGCAGCAGCAGCUCAACGGCCUGUCUGUCAGCGAUCACCACAGCAACUUAGAGGAAGUGGCGGUGAGUCCGAGAUAGAUGCAUCACUCUUCUUCUAAAUGCACGUUGAGUUUGAAAGAGAUCUGUUCUUACUGUCUUUGUUCUUGUCUUUGUUUGCAGAGGAAGAGCAUCUUGAAUCCUGAAGCAAAGGAGUUUGUCCCGGGGAAGAAAUACUAG